ACUGACUUAGUUCUUGGCAGGUUUCGAAGCGGUGUUCAUUCUGCUCCUGGGUCAGCAGACCGGAAACGAACGUAGCAACAACAUGGCGCAUGUCAAAUCACACUCAAGGAUUGCCUGUACUGUUCUGUAUGACACACCGACAAUAAGAGGUAUACAUUUUCACUAUCCCGUUGGAUUUCUGUACAUUGGUCAAAGAAAGAGUUCAAUCAUGAACAAAAUGGUGCAGAUGAUAGCCAUAUGUGAUGUGCCUAAUGUUGAUUUUCACCGUGAAGAAAUAUUUCAAAUGAGAUAUCCAUUUCUGAAACUCCAGGAGAAUGAGUAUGCUGCGCUGGAAGACAAUGGGGCUGGAUAUAUCAGCGCUAGAAAAAUGGUGGCUGCUCAAAAGAAAGUGGCAAAGCUGCAAGGUUGUCGUAUAAUUCAUGAGGUAGUUGAAGAAGUUGGAGAAUUGAAGAACGGUGUGCAUCAGAUUCUAACUGAAACCGGAAAUCAUGUGCAAGCUAAAAGAGUAUUAUUCUGUACUGGAGCAUUCACCAAUUUCAAGAAAUUUUCAGCACUAGGGAAACUGAACAUCAGAGUACAGAAAGAAACAGUAGCAUUUCUUAAAAUUUCUACCCCAGAAGUAAAACGAAUAAGCUCCAUGCCUAGUAUAGUCUACUUCAGAGAUAAGGAAAAGGAUAGAGAAGCUUUGGGAGCGUAUAUUUUGCCCGCCAUCGAAUAUCCAGAUGGAAAUUACUACCUGAAGAUUGGCUAUCUCGGCCGUGGGGACGAAGUAAAAUCUCUUCCUGAAAUCAAACAGUGGUAUCUCUCAAAGGGGGACGAACGAGUAAUAGAUGUUUACUCAAAGCUGCUUAUCGAAAUGCUUCCAGGUCUGGAAGUUGAAGGUAUCAGCAGCAUGACGUGCGUCACCUGUCAUUCGCCAUCGGGUCUGCCUUACAUUGAUCGAGUGACUCCCACCGUCACUGUAGCAGUUGUAGGUAAUGGCAAAGGAGCCAAGUUCUCUGAUGAAGUGGGCAGAAUCGCUGCACACUUAAGCGUAACAGGGAAGUGGGAUUCGGAAUUAAUGCAAUCGCAGUUCAAGGCUAUUUUUGCUGAAAAUUGAAGUCUUUUGUUAAAAAUUACCUGAUUAUACAAAAAACAAUGGCGAUUUCUAAAAAUAAAAUGGUAACUAUAAGGUAUAAAUAAAGUUAUUUUUGAAAUAA